AGCUCGCUUUGUUUUGUUAUUUUCCGGAUUUUUUUGAAAAAAAAAUCGGAAUAAAAAAGAUGAUGACGUUGUUUUCGAUCCAGUUCCAUGAAUCCGCAUUGUCGCUGUUGUUGUUGUUGCUGGUAGUCGUUGUUCCUUUCUCUUCAUCGUCUUCUUCUUAUUCUUCUUUCGCCGUCGGAUCGCAACGGAAUUUCACGGGCAUCUUGUUGCCGUCCGAUGGAGCGGAUGCGUGCGGUGUUUCGCCUUCUGCUCGGCGUUAUUCGUGCCCGGUUAACUGCUUCAGGACGGAUCCCGUUUGCGGCGACGACGGCGUUACGUAUUGGUGCGGAUGCGCCGACGCUCAUUGCUCGGGGGCGAAGGUUGCCAAGAUAGGGUUCUGUAACGCGGGUAAUAACGGCGGCACCGGAUCUUUCCCUUGUCAGGCUUUACUUUUGUUGCAUAUAGUUUGGCUCAUUGUUCUAGGCUUCUCUGUUUUCUUUGGCCUAAUCUGAAAUUUUCUUCUUCUUUUUCGUGUUUGUUUUUAAUUUUCUAAACAAGAAGACAUCAAUUUUCUUUUCAACCCCCAGCUCUCAU